AUGAUUAGCUUAGAAGAAAAAGUUAAACUUACUUCCGAAGAAAAGAUCGGAUUAAAAUCUUACAUUGAACGUAUGAAUAGUGAAUGCAUGGAACUCAAUGCUACAUUGUUUGAAGAAGCGAACAGAAUGAUACUUCAAUCGGAAGUUCGUGCAUUAAAAUUGUUGGUUGCUGAAUUAUCAUCAAGUAUAACAAAUCAAAAGAUUAGAAACUCUUUAUAUAAUACAAGGAUGAAAUACGAUAAUAUAGCUUGUAAUAAAUCACCUGAAAUUCAUCGUAAAUUGGGUACAGGUAAUCUUUUGGAACAGAGACAAAAUAAUGCUAAAUAUGGUGGAUUAGAACAAUUCAAUAGACGUGAUCUCUUAACAGCAAUGAUUACACACAGACCAUGUAAAAAUAAUUUAGAUGUUGAUACAUUUGAAGUAAAUGGAUAA